UGAGGAAAAUGGACAAAGAAGCUAGGGCCAACGAUGACGAAAAGCAGGCUCUCGCACGUUGAAUAAACCACGCUCACUUCUUGUAUCAAAUUUAUUCAAGACUCCAAAUAGAAUGAGCAGUUGAUAGAGGAAGACCAGUAACUAAUCGACACCACGGAUGGCCUGUUGGUCGCUGUUCCAAUCCAUGCUCGGUCUCCUAUGCCCCAAAAUAAUAACCGGUGGGGUACCCCGGCAAGCUUACAUGUGGAAUACAGUCCCUGCUCCGAGUCUGUCUGUCUAUAUGCCAAUGGGAAUGAAACGAGUCUCAGGAGGCAUUUACGGGGCUAGCAUUCCUACACUCAUGCUGCCAGUUUCAAGCACUACCCCCCAACACAAAUCAGUAGUGCCGAACCCGGCUCCUCCGUCCCCAGCCGGACUGGUGAAUUACUUUCAAGCACCUAUGAAAAAACACCGGUACAGCCAGACACAAGCGGAUAUGGGAGAAGGAAUCCUACAGCACUCCACAAAAAGGAAUCAUUGUCUACAGUCCUACUCAAUCCAAACUCAAGUAACACCUAUUAAAUGCAAUCCCAUUGAUUUCAAUCCACCAUUAUCAAGUCAUGCAAUUAUCCGAGUAAACCUAUAAUACCGCUCAUAACCCAUAACCAGAGACUCAUAAUCCCGAAAAAAAAAAAGUGUAGUAUAUCACGCUCUAGCGAUAGACAAUCGUCAAACACGUAAAGUCGAGUCGAUUCGUUUACCGACCAAUAACAGAAGGACCCUUCCGGAUAUCCUUAUCAGCUUGGUGCGAGGAGUUCUACAACUUGUUAGCAUCAACUCAUAUCCUCGGGAUAAUAGAAGGGGGUGAAGGAGAACAUACAACAGAAGUUUGAUACUCCCCUCUCUCAAGGAUCUUCACCAUAACUUCAUCU